AUGGCCGUGCGAGUGCGGCGAUGGAGCGAUGUAGAGGCGCGUCGACGUCCUUUGCACCGCGCCGCAUACGAUAAUAGCACACCUAGUCCUGCUCCUGCUGCGCCUGCAUCUGCCGAUCCUGUAAUGUCUUCGGAAAGUAAUAAGAACGUCCCAUUAGCCGUCAUGGAGGACACUCCCGAAUGCGUCAUUUGUCUGGACGAACUAACGCUGGGACGCGCGCUGUUCACAGCCGAGUGCGGCCACCGCUUCCACUUUAGCUGCUUGUUGGAGAAUGUCAACCAUGACGAAGCUAACUCGGACAAGUGCCCAAUUUGCCGUAAAACGCAGAAGCAGUGGCCUGAACAGACGGAAGGACUUGUUAAAGCCCAUCCUUAUUGUACAAAUUGCGGGAAAAGAGGAUCAGGAGGACAAUUCUGCGACGGAUGUGGACAAUCACUGGCCCACACCCCAACAGCACAGGAACGCGCUCGAGCGGCAGCAGCAAGAAGUAACGUGGUGGUGGAGUGCCCCACAUGUCGUAUCCGCUGUCUAGUGAGCACUACGGCGCGUGGCACGCUUCAGUGUCCCAAUGGCCAUCUGUUCCAAUUGCGGAUGCCACCGACCAUGGGCAGCUCGCAGGGCUUACGGCAGAGCUUCACAGGAGGUGGAUCAGUCCCAGCAACUUCAGGAUCCAGGCCCAUCAUGCGUCAAUGCCCCACGUGCUAUACGCGCGUGCAGAUGCCCCCAGGCAGUCAAGCUGGCCAGUACAUGUGUCCCCAUGGACAUACCUUCUACUUUUCUCCGUUCCAAUAG